UUUAUGAUAAUGCUUGAGCUAGUUUCCUAAACCCCUUUGUUUUCUCCUUGUCUUUGAACAUUGGAAUGUGUAACAAGGAUGGAAAAGGUAGAAUUGAGGAGAGAAACAACUCAAGCUAAAAUAAUUGGCACCAUAACAUCAAUAUCUGGUGCAUUAGUCAUCACUUUUUACAGAGUCCCCAAAGUUUUUUCAUCUUCACCUUGGACAUCAUCAUCUUUUGUACAACUCCAAAGUCUCUUUCAGUCUUCUAGAUCAAAUUGGAUUUUUUGUGGCAUCCUCGAAGCUAUUGCAUAUCUUCUUUAUUCAUUCUGGUAUGUAAUUCAGGCAAGAACUAUACAUGCUUCCAAGCUCAACCAUGAAUUCUUUAAUAUCUUACAUAAAGUUAUGGUGUGUUCUGAACUCGAAUUUUGUACAACGUUACAAGUGAUAUAUCCAGAAGAGAUUGUUGUAAAUUUAUUUUACAACUUGUCUGUGGAACUUUUAGCUGUACCAGUUUGCUUGAUAGCAUACCACAGUAAAAGCAGCAUGAUAGGGGCAGUGAUCAUAACCUGUGGCCUUUAUGCUGUAUUAUGGGGCAAAGCAAAAGAAGCUGAAGAAAUUAGAGAUGAAGAGCCCUCGUCCAGUGGCAGGGUCCCUUUGCUGCAAAGCUAUAAAUGUUGAACAAAUGUGUAGGACUCCUUUGCCUCGUCGGGGACUCAUUUCCACAACAGCAUCCCUGAUCAUUUCAUCAUGAUAUUUUUCCAAAGAUCCACUGCUCUCCUCCAUUAGUACCCCAUCUUUGUUCUUAACCUUUUCUCGUCGCCCUCAGUUCCUACGACUGAAUUGUUUUAGAAUAAUUGGAGAAAAUGUAUUUAAUCUACAAAACCACGUUGAUAUCAAUAUAAUAACAUAUUCAAUAGUCAUCCUUCACCUACUCCAUUAGAGUCAAACAAAUAAUUUGUACAGAUUUGUUAGCGUAAUUAAAUAAUACCAUUGAUU